CGAGGCCAGACUUGGGCGUCGCUGCGCAUCGUUAACAUGGGGCGAGGAGCCCGGAGCAUGGGGGGCCGGGACGGGCCAGCCCCCACCCAGUGCGGCCAGGCCGAGUGCUUCGACCCGCUGCUCCGCAACUGCGUGGCCUGCAGGCUGUUCCGGACGCCCGAGCCCCAGCCCGGCCCAGCCUCGCCUCCCGCCGGCGCCCCCCAUGCCCGGCCGACCCUCGCCGCCGCCCCCUGCGCCCGGUCCCCGUCCCCUGCCCCCGCGGCCGGGGACAGCAGCCUGGCGCCCCGGACGGCGCUGCAGCCUCAGGAGUCGGUGCGCGCGGGGACCGGCCCCGCGGGCGCGCUGCCGCUGCCGGGGCUGCUCUUCGGCGCCCCCGCGCUCUUGGGGCUGGCGCUGGCGCUGGCCCUGCUCCUCGUGGGCUUGCUAAGCUGGAGGCGCCGGCGGCGGCGCGGGGCCCCCUCCCCCGAGGCCCCCGAGGCCCCCGAAGGCGAGCCGGAAGCGCCCCUGGACAAUGUCAGCAUCCUCUCUUCUGGACCCCUCGCGGCCACAGCUCCCCCUGUCCAGCCUCUUCUUGAAGAUCCAGACACCACACCACCUGGCCACAGUGUCCCUGUGCCAGCCACAGAGCUGGGCUCCACGGAGCUGGUGACCACCAAGACGGCUGGCCCUGAGCAGCUGUAGUUUUGGGGGGAGGGGGGAGGAGGAGGGGCCCCGUGCCCUCCCUGUGGGCCACCAGCCCAGGGCUUGGAAGUUGAAUUGGGCUCUUCACCUCAGCACCACCUGCUCCUUUCCUAGGAGCCAGGCUGCUCCCCAGCUGAAUCCUGCAAACCCAGGGACUACCGAUGACAGUGUGCAACCCGCAGGGAGUUGUUCAGCCUGUAGCUUUUGACUCAAAACUAUACUGUCCUCAAUAGCUCUCAAAGGUUGUAUCUGGGCUCCUGUGCUUUUGAAUGGUUGGGGCACCUUGAGUGGGAAAGCCAUUAGGCCAGUUUGCGUCUGGAUAAAGGAUGAAGCGGGAGGCUGCUUGGUUUGUAAA